AUGUUUCCAGGAUUGUUCAUGCGUAAACCUGACAAAGCAGCUGCUCUGAAGACUUACGUCGCCCUUUUCGGAGCUUGGGUCGGCGUAAUUCGGGUCACCCCAUACAUCUCUCAAUAUUUUUCGGGUCAGAAAGAAGAACUCCUCCUCGAGCUCUAA